UGACGUCACUGCUUACCUGCAAGUGGGCGUUGGAUUUACCUGUAGCCGCAGGUAAAAUACGGCACGGCGGGGCGAAGGAACGAAGCUCACCGAUCAAAGCUUUAGCGUGAGCCGAAUCAGAAAGCGCGUGUUGCGCGACGAAAUCGAAACGUUUGACCCAUUUUCAGUAAGUGAAUCAAAACAAAGAUCGAUGAAGUGGAGGUUAUAACGCGUCAAAGGGAACAUACUUCACACUCGGGCUACUUCCGCGAUCUUGAACGGCUAGAAGUUGCUCUCUAAACACCUGAAGAUUUCAUCCGAGCCUAUGCGGUCCUGAAUGUGGUGAGUUAUGCCUGGCCACAGCACAGGAACACAUCACAAGACGCGUCCUCAUGGCUCAAGCCGCUCUAGGGCAGACGGCUACAGGCAAAGCCGCACCUACUCCAGAGACAGCAGCACCAGUCAGGACACCUACAAGGAGAACUACAUUGAGCAACCUCGUAGCAUAGACUCGCAGUUCCCCCGUAAAACACAUCCUCACUACGCCAAUGGACGAGGCUCAGAGACCCUGGGGUUUAUCCCAGGCUCCGCCGACUCUCCUCAAGGUACACAAGCCUGCGGCUCAUGCGCCUCUCUUGGCUGUAGUGGCUGCAAAGCUGUGCUGUGCUGCAUUCUCACCUGUGGGCUUUACGGGUCUCGCAAGCCUUGCUUGCCGCCCAACGAAAGCUCCACUGACAACCCUUUAAAAGCCGAGCCAGAACCGAGGAAGCCCAAUGGAUUUGCUCUGUCCAAUCCCACAUGCGGCGUAAGCCUCGAACCGAGCAAAUCGAGGCAGUUACCAAUCUCUGGCAGCUUCAGGUACGGCGACGUCUAUUUUGCUGGCAAGAAAGUGGAGUACCCUGUCAACUCAGACGCGCCUCCACGACGGACCAGAACGGCUGGAAAGGGUGACAACAACCAUCGUCCCAGCAGUAACACCAGUAUCUACUCGAGGGAGGAUUUGGAUCUAGACGACCUGGACGAUGGCGGCACUGACAUCGACUCGCUAAUCACUAAAAAGCUUCUAGAACUUUAUAAAAUGCACCAGAUCGAGCAGCUGGCCAAAUGCACGUCUGACGUGUCCUUCUCCCGGAAAACCAUCGAGAUCAGCGAUCUGAUCAACAGCAUUGCUCAGGACUACAACUUGGAGGAGCAGGAAGCGGAGUGCCGGCUGGUGCACGGCGUCAUACGCAUCAGCACCCGCAACAAGUCCUCAAAAGGUUACAAAAGCAAAGACUAUAAAUCGCACGAUGCAAUGCAGCAUAUUAACGGGAGGAGGGAUGGAACGCUGCCCGACAGUGGGAACGAGACCAUGACCUUCACCUUUAGUGAUGGAGAACCCGAGGUGCUAGUGUCAGAAUUGACACCAUCAGAUGAGCUUGCCCGAAAGAUGAGAGGCAACAGUGGGAAAAAUUACUACUCGAGCUCGGCCACAGAUUCAUCAGGGGCUCCACUUUUGCGCUAACUCUCCAGCUGUUCCCUCUCAGUUAUUACUGCCUAACUAGUGUUCAUCUCUGUCCAUGUGUUCCUCUCAUAUUUCAGUGAAAGCAUUUAUUAUGCUAAGGACAGUUUGUGUUCGUCAGAAUGCCCAAAGACUGCUGUAGUCGCACAGCUUCUGUCACGAGUGUAAUGUUAAACAAAGGAGCCUGUUGCAAAACACAAUUGUUUCCUACUGCCCUCGUAAGAAGCCAUGUGAAUAGUUACAUAAUGAUGGACAAGUUUCCUGACCAAGCCAUUGGCAUCAAAGGGUAUCUAAGUAUUGCUUCUAAUUAUACUUUUAGAGACACUGCUAUCAUCCUAAGUGGUGAUGUAUCUAGUAAAUAUGCAUGUAUUCAGCACUGAUUAAUAGCAACAACAAGACUUAAACUAGUUGCUGUCAGUCUGAACUGAACAAUUUGUCCUCCUUGUUCUUUGUUUAAACCAUUUAAUGCAAUUUAAUGUUGUUUUGGGACUGUUUGUUGUCAGCCACAUCUGUAUGGUGGAACGUCAGUUUUGAAAUACUUUAAUGUUUUUGUUUUUUUUGCAAUUGUUUUGUAUUGAAAUAAAAGGGAGUUUCCUCUCAUUUUAUAUUUUUAUUCAUUACUGUAUUAAUUUAAACUGUAUGCACCAUUUUGUCUUAUCAUACUGGCUGUUUUGUUUCAGAAAACGAUUGUAGUUCUGUAUCGCAUAGAACAUAUUUACACUCAUACGUGUUUACCACAGAAAAUUUCUCUCUUUACCGCGUAGCAUUUUUCUCGGAAGAUUGCAUUGGUGUCCGCCUCCUCCCUCUGUUUCCCUCAGGUCACUGUGCUAUGAACUUGUUUGGCUGGUUUGACAAUAGAAAGGAAAUAAAAUCCUAGUGUUUGUUGGGGUUGUACAUUGCAGAGGAGGGCGAACUCCAGAGAAAAUUCCCCUUGCAACUGUGCUCUUUUUUACACUACUGUAAAACCAGCUGCUCCGAUUUACUAGUCAAGCUAAUUUUGUCAUAUCUAACAUAUAGUUUUUAAGGAUUAAUAGGAAAUUACCAAUCAUUAAAUGGUUUCCUUUUUUUUUUGCAUGGGCGUGCUAGCAUUCUGUUGUCUUGCUUUUGGAUUGUAAACCAUUUCGGACCCAAUUAAUUGCAUGAAAUUGCAUCUUUCUUAACUAAUUGUUUGGUUAGAGUAGCAAAGGUUCAUUUCAUUUUUUUAAAUAAAUAGAUACCAUAGUUAAAGUCAUAUCACUGCAAUGUAGUGAACUACUGUUUCAAAUGGUUAUCGUUUUAAAAUGCAUUAUUUCAUGCACUAUAUUUUUUAACAAGAAGGCCGUAGGCUUCAGAAACUUCAUCAAAAUGGUUUUUUUGUUUGUUUGUGUUGGCCUUAAUCAUCACAAGAGGGCACUACAGUACACACUAUCCAGAAAGAGGAACCCAAACCUGGAGCCACUGAUCUCAAGACCAGCUAUGAGUUAUGUUUUCAUGUGUAUUUGUGUGUACGGUCAGCUCAAACAUUACAAUAUUAUGUCUUCGUCAUUAGUUUUGUUUCUGUACAAAUCUGUUUAUCAAGCACUAUCGUAUAGUUUUUGUAAAGAAAAUGUCCAAACUUGGUUUUCAGGAAUAGCAUACUAGCAAGCUACCAAUUCUACAGUGUAUAGCAUACUAUGUACAUUCCCUUUGUCCAUGCAUGCUAAGAUGUGUAUACAACAGGUCACACUUUUCUACAAAGCAACAUAA